UUGACACACAGGCCAUAUGAAGGUAAAGAGAGUACAAAAUAACAAUUUAAAAGUGAGAGUUUAGACGUAUUUAGCUCAUAAAUUGGAACUUUUGGCGACAAAAAAAGGCGACCAAGAAUGGACGCGGAAGGAUUCCGGAAAUAUGGCCGAGAGAUGGUUGAUUAUAUUGCAGACUAUUUGAAGGAGAUUCGGGAAAGACCCGUCGUACACAGGGUAAAACCUGGCUACUUGAAGAAACUUAUACCAGAUGAAGCCCCGGAAAAGCCGGAAGAAUUUUCUGAAGUAAUGAAAGACAUAGAGAGGGUCAUAAUGCCUGGGAUAACACAUUGGCACAGUCCAUACUUCCAUGCCUACUAUGCUGCUGGUAAUUCCUUCCCAUCCAUCCUUGGUGAUAUGUUGUCGGACGCCAUUGGUUGUAUAGGUUUCUCCUGGGCAGCCAGUCCAGCCUGUACCGAGCUAGAGAUGAUUACUACAGACUGGCUUGGCAAAAUGAUUUCACUUCCGGAACAGUUCUUGCAUUGUGGGAAAGGCAAGGGUGGCGGCGUCAUACAGACGACAGCCAGCGAGACUGUGUUCCUGUGUUUGUUAGCUGCAAGGAAUAAAAUGGUGACAAAACUUAAAUCACAGAACCCGGCGUUGGAUGAAUUGGAAAUUAUAUCAAAGUUGGUUGGAUACACAUCAGAUCAGGCGAACUCUUCGGUUCAUAGAUCCGGGUUACUCGGUUCUGUUACCAUGGUAAAAUUACAAAGUGACGAGAAGUUCAGUCUCCAUGGUGACCUCCUUAAACAACAAAUUGAAAAAGACAAAGCAGAAGGGAAAAUUCCAUUUUUUAUGUGUGCCUCUCUCGGAACCACUGGAUCGUGUGCGUUUGAUAGAUUGGAUGAAAUCGGACCAAUAUGUAAAGAGAAUGAUAUUUGGCUGCAUAUAGACGCUGCUUAUGCCGGAAGUGCGUUCGUCUGUCCGGAGUUCCGCCAUUAUAUGAAAGGCGUUGAGUUUGCACAAACAUUUACAAUAAAUCCACACAAAUGGAUGUUGAUUUCAUUCGAUUUAUCAGUUUUGUGGAUACAGGACAGCUCCCUGUUAGUGGAUGCCUUUAAUGUGGAUCCGAUAUACCUGAGACACGAAAACGAGGGCAACGUGCCUGACUACAGACAUUGGCAAAUACCUCUUGGACGUCGAUUUCGAUCCCUAAAGCUUUGGUUUAUGCUCCGAUCAUACGGCGUGGAGGGAGUCCAAAAAUACAUCCGUCAUCAUUGUGAGUUGGCUCAUGAAUUUGAACGUAUGGUGUUAGAUGAUGGACGAUUUGAAAUUGUAGCAGAAGUUGUUAUGGGACUCGUCUGCUUCAGACUAAAGGGUGAUAACAUUUUGAGCGAAAAGCUUCUGGAAGAAAUCGUAGCUGAUGGACGCUUGUAUUUAAUUCCCGCCAUAGCUCGUGACAUCUACUUCCUGCGACUUGCCGUCUGCUCAGAACGCACAACAUCCGAGGACAUUCGUUAUUCGUUUGGUGUCAUAAAAUCAUGCACCGACAUAAUGAUGAAAUGUCAUUUGCCGACGGCUGAUCCGAAACAUAAGCCGAUGAUUGACAUCGACAUUUCACCACGACGUUUGCACGUGAUCUCUGAAAAUGACGUAGAAAACGUUAGUCGGGGUAUGAAUGGGGUCAGCCUAAAUGGAAAUAGCGCCGACUUAAAUGGACACUCACCAGUUGGAAAAUAGUGAUUAAAACGUCAAUGUAUUGAAAAUCAGCUUAGCCUUGACAAUUCUAAGGUCAAUGUUUUUAACGGGUAUUAUUUAUGCUGCAAUAUUAUGGUUAUUUUUUUUUAAAGUUAUUUGUUGUGUUUACCGAGCUUGCUCAGGAUUUGUUUGGAUGUUGAUUUUACGUUGAUAUUACAUUGUACAUAUCUAAGUUGUUAAUUACAU